AUGAUUAAGAUCAAAAACACAGAUGAAUUAUGCUGUGCUCGUGCCAUCGUAACGAUGAAGGAGUACGUGGACGGCGAUCCUCAGAAGCAAUAUAGAAAUCUAAGAGAUGGAAGACCCAUUCAAGAACGCCUAGCUAAGCAGCUUCACCAAGAGGCAGGGGUACCGGAGGGUCCCUGUGGCUAUGAGGAACUAGAAAAAUUUCAAACGUUCCUAGGACCCCAAGGCUACAAAAUCAUCGUGUUUGAUUAAGUAUCUUGUGCCUGUACCUUUCAAGGCAAUGUGGAUCAGUACAGCAAAGUCAUCUAUUUGCUUAAACACGAGAAUCACUACAAUGGUUUAAGAAGCAUUAUUGCUUUUUGGAAUCAGUCCUACUUCUGCCCUGAUUGCUGUAAAGGGUACGAUGUAGACGACGCAGCAAACUAUUCUUGUAGAGGUCGUAAUUGCACUAGUUGUCAGCGCAAACGUUCUCCGAAAAAUAUAGGAGGCUGCCCAGAUUUUUCCCCAGGCAAGAAACGUACCAUUCACUGCAAAGUCUGCCAGCGUGAUUUCUAUGGUCCAGACUGUUUCAAAGCCCAUAAAGAACCAAAAGGCAAGAAAAAAGUCAGUCUCUGUCGGAAACUAAAGAAGCGUCUAAAAUGCUGUAAAGUUUAUAAAGUGAAUCCAAAGCAGCAACACAAAUGCUACCACGACACUUGCCGUCACUGCCAUGAAUUUGUUGAAAUAUACAAACACAAAUGUUACAUCCAACGUGUCGAAGAUGUAGACGAUGAGGAACACGAUGAUGAUGAUGAUGAUGACGAGGAAAAGAAGCUACCACCUCUCAUGGUGCUUGCUGACAUCGAAUGUUUGAUAGAACCCACAGAGCAGGGAAAGCAGUUAUUCAUAGCAGAUUUGAUUCCAUAUGCUACUGAAGAAGAUCCACACAAUGUUUCUCAUGCCUUUAGUGGCGAAACCUGCAUUGAACAGUUCAUUCAAGCUCUGAAUCGACUAACAGAAGUGGGAGACAAACAGCGUGAUUUAUUUAUAAUUUUUCACAACCUCAAGGGUUUUGAUAGCAACUUUAUCAUCGAGGAACUUUACCGUCAGGGUAUUAAGGUGGAAAACCAGCUGACGACGGGCGCCAAAACCCUGAAGUUCCAUUACGGGUAUCUGGACGCCAUGAUUACCUUCAAAGAUUCACUUUGUUUUCUCCCAAUGCCACUGGCCGAGUUGCCUGAAACAUUCAAUUUCGUCGAGCUUCAUAAAGGUUUCUUUCCGCAUGCGUUCCAUACAAGAGAGAGUUUAACUUACAGGGGUCGUCUACCG